AUGAAGGUGCCGUGCUGCUCGGUGUGCCACAGCCGCUACGACGAGGAGGAGCGGGUGCCGCUGCUGCUGCACUGCGGCCAUGGAUUCUGCAAGGCGUGCCUGUCCCGGAUGUUUGCCGCCUCCGCCGACACCUCCCUCUCCUGCCCUCGCUGCCGCCACCCCACCGUCGUCGGCAACAGCGUCCACGCCCUCCGCAAGAACUUCCCCAUCCUCUCCCUCCUCACCUCCUCCCCUUCCUCCCCUUCCUUCGACUGCGACUUCACCGACGACGACGACGACGGUGAGAACGGCGACGGCGACGAUGACGAGGAGGAGGAGGACUACUUCGAUAGUGCUACCACCGCCUCCAGCUGCGCUAUCGACCUCGUGACCCACCAGGACCUCAAGCUUCUCAAGCGGCUCCGGGAGGGCCCCAGGGCUGGGCAGGAGACGUGGUCCGCCGUGUUAUGCAGGAGCUCCUCCUCCUCCUACUCAGCCUCUUCCGCCAAUGGCACCGUCACCAGGAGGUGCCGACACCAGGUGGUGGUGAAGAAGGUCGGGGUCACCGAUGAUAUGGAUGUGGUGUGGGUGCAGAGCUGGCUUGAGAGCCUGCGACGGGCCUCGAUGUGGUGCCGGAAUGUAUGCACCUUCCAUGGGGCAAUCAGGACGGAUGGGUGUCUGUGCCUUGUUAUGGACGGGUAUAAAGGCUCCAUAAAGUCCGCGAUGGAGCAGAACAAUGGCCGCCUCACACUGGAGCAGAUCCUCAGGUAUGGAGCAGAUAUUGCUCGUGGAGUGGCAGAACUCCAUGCAGCAGGUAUUGUUUGUAUGAGUCUAAAGCCGUCCAAUCUUCUUUUGGAUGAAAAAGGCCGUGCAGUGGUUUCUGAUUAUGGGCUUCCAGCAAUUCUUAAGAAAUCUUCAUGCCGAAAUGCUCAAUCUUCUCCUGAGGAAUUUUCUUCAAGUGUGCAUUCGUGCAUGGAUUGUACAAUGUUGUGCCCUCACUACACUGCUCCGGAGGCAUGGGAGCCAUUAAAAAAAUCUUUAAAUCUAUUUCGGGAUGAUGCAAUUGGAAUAUCUCCUGAGUCAGAUGCAUGGAGUUUUGGAUGUACCCUUGUUGAAAUGUGCACUGGUUCUGUUCCAUGGGCUGGAUUAAGUGCAGGGGAGAUUUACCAAGCUGUUGUCAGGGCUCGUAGGCAGCCUCCUCAGUAUGCAAGUGUAGUAGGUGUUGGUAUUCCUAGGGAACUAUGGAAGAUGAUUGGGGACUGCUUACAGUUCAAAGCUUCAAAGAGGCCAGCUUUCCAGGCAAUGCUAGCAAUAUUUCUUCGGCAUCUGCAAGAAAUACCUCGGAGCCCUCCUGCAAGUCCGGAUAAUGACCUAAAGGUUUCGUCAACAAAUGCAGCAGAGCCAUCCCCAACAUCUGUUCUUGAGGUUUUUCAGGAUAAUCCAAAUGUUUUACAUCGACUUGUAUCUGAAGGGGAUAUUACCGGUGCUAGGGAUCUGCUUGCAAAGGCUGCAUCAGAGACAAACAGCAGCUUAAUUUGUUCUCUUUUAGAAGCGCAGAAUGCUGAUGGCCACACUGCUUUACAUUUAGCCUGCAGGCGAGGCUCUGUGGACCUUGUAGAAACUAUAUUGGCAUACAAAGAGGCUGAUGUGGAUAUCUUAGAUAAAGAUGGGGACCCCCCAAUUGUGUUUGCUCUAUCUGCUGGUUCUCCAGAAUGUGUUCGUGCUCUCAUCAAUAGAUCUGCUAAUGUUAGUUCUAGGCUGAGAGAGGGCUUGGGUCCAUUUGUAACUCAUGUUUGCGCUUUUCACGGCCAGCCUGAAUGCAUGCGAGAAUUACUAUUAGCAGGUGCUGAUCCCAAUGCAGUGGAUGGUGAAGGUGAAUCUGUUUUGCAUAAAACCAUUGCCAAAAGAUACACUGAAUGCGCUAUUGUCAUUUUGGAAAAUGGAGGCUGCAGAUCAAUGGGUUUUCUCAAUGUACAGAGAAAAACACCUCUGCAUUUGUGCGUCGAGACAUGGAAUGUGGCUGUGGUGAAGAGAUGGGUGGAGCUUGCAUCACAAGAAGUGAUAGAUGAAGCUAUUGACGUACCAGGUCCAAAUGGAACGGCAUUAUGCAUGGCUGCAGCUCUUAAAAAAGAUCAUGAAAAUGAGGGCCGAGAAUUGGUAAGAAUAUUGCUUGCUGCUGGUGCAGAUCCAACAGCUCAAGAUGAAAUUAAUUUCCAAACAGCUCUGCAUACAGCAGCAAUGAUUAAUGAUGCAGAGUUAGUAAAGAUCAUUUUGGAAGCCGGAGCUGAUGUCAAUGUAAGAAAUGCACAAAAUACAAUACCUCUGCAUGUUGCAUUGAACAGAGGUUCAAACAGAUGUGUUGGUAUGCUGUUAUCUGCUGGAGCAGACUGUAAUUUGCAGGAUGAUGAUGGUGAUAAUGCUUUUCAUAUAGCAGCUGAUGCAGCAAAGAUGAUACGUGAAAAUUUUAAUUGGAUUGUUGUUAUGUUGCAACAUCCAUCACCUGCUGUUGAAGUGAGAAACCACAGGGGCUGGACAUUGUGUGAUUUUCUUGAGGCCCUUCCUCGAGAAUGGAUUUCAGAAGAGCUGAUGGAAGCACUUGCAGAUAAGGGAGUAUAUCUGUCUCCAACCAUAUAUGUAGUUGGAGACUGGGUGAAAGUCAAAAGAAGUGUUAAAAAUCCAGCAUAUGGUUGGCAAGGUGCAAGCCACAAGAGUGUAGGCUUUGUCCAGGAUCUUAUGGAUAAUGACAAUCUUCUUGUGUCAUUUUGCUCUGGAGAGGCUCGUGUUUUGGCAAAUGAAGUCAUAAAAGUGAUUCCUUUGAACAGGGGACAACAUGUACAGCUAAAAGCUGAUAUUAAAGAACCAAGGUAUGGAUGGCGUGGUCCAUCACGAGAUAGCAUUGGAACGGUUCUCUGUGUUGAUGAUGAUGGGAUACUAAGGGUUGGCUUUCCUGGAGCAUCUAGAGGAUGGAGGGCUGAUCCUGCUGAGAUUGAAAGAGUUGAAGAAUUCAUGGUUGGUGACUGGGUCCGAGUUCGCCCUGCACUGACAGCUGCUAUACAUGGUAUGGAAGCUGUAACUCCUGGAAGCAUUGGGAUAGUAUAUUCCAUCAGACCAGAUAGUAGCCUUCUGCUGGGUCUUUGCUACUUGUCCAAUCCAUGGCAUUGUGAACCUGAAGAAGUUGAACCUGUUGAACCAUUCAGGAUUGGUGAUCAAGUAUGUGUAAAGAGAUCUGUUGCAGAGCCUAGAUAUGCUUGGGGUGGUGAGACACAUCACAGUGUGGGAAAAAUAAUAGACAUAGAGAAUGAUGGUCUUCUCAUAGUCGACAUUCCAAAUCGAUCAACUACAUGGCAAGCUGAUCCUUCUGAUAUGGAAAAGGUUGAGAAUUUUAAGGUGGGUGACUGGGUUAGAGUAAAAGCUUCGGUACCAUCUCCAAAAUAUGGAUGGGAAGAUGUCACACGAAAUAGUAUUGGAAUAAUUCAUAGUCUAGAAGAUGGCGGUGAUAUGGGUGUUGCCUUCUGCUUUAGGAGCAAGCCUUUCUGUUGCUCGGUAGCAGACACGGAGAAGGUGCAGCCAUUUGAAGUAGGCCAAAGAAUUCAUGUGAUGCCAUCUAUAUCUCAGCCGCGACUUGGAUGGUCAAAUGAAACUGCUGCAACUAUUGGGACAAUAUCAAGAAUAGACAUGGAUGGAACCUUGAAUGUUAGGGUGGCUGGCAGAAGCAGCUUGUGGAAAGUUGCUCCAGGUGAUGCUGAGAAACUUUCAGGCUUUGAGGUUGGAGACUGGGUGCGUCUGAAGCCAAGCCUCGGGGCUAGACCCACUUAUGACUGGAACAACAUUGGGAAGGAAAGUAUAGCUGUGGUGCAUAGUAUUCAAGACUCUGGCUACCUGGAAUUGGCUGGCUGUUUUAGGAAAGGAAAAUGGAUAACUCAUUAUAUGGAUGUUGAGAAGGUCCCAUGUUUGAAAGUUGGUCAGCAUGUCCGGUUUCGCGCAGGUCUAGUUGAGCCCAGAUGGGGCUGGAGAGAUGCUCGACCCGAUUCUAGAGGCAUCAUAACUGGUGUGCAUGCAGAUGGAGAAGUGAGAGUGGCCUUUUUUGGUUUACCAGGGUUAUGGAGAGGAGACCCUGCCGACCUUGAGAAGGAGGAAAUGUUUGAGGUCGGGGAAUGGGUGAUGCUCAGAGAUGAUGCAGACUUCUGGAAGUCCUUGAAACCUGGAAGCAUUGGGGUUGUUCAUGGAAUAGGGUACGAAGGUGACUUGUGGGAUGGAACUGUGCAUGUUGCAUUUUGUGGUGAGCAGGAAAGGUGGGUGGGACUGACCAACCAGCUUGAAAGGGUAGAUAGGCUUGUUGCAGGACAACGGGUUAGGAUAAAGAAAUGUGUGAAGCAGCCCAGAUUUGGAUGGUCGAAUCAUAGUCAUGCAAGCAUAGGAACAAUAUCAUCCGUAGAUGCAGAUGGAAAGCUAAGAAUAUACACACCAGCAGGAUCCAAGGCAUGGAUGAUUGACCCAGCAGAUGUGGACAGAGUGGUGGAAGAAGAUGAAGUGUGUGUUGGAGACUGGGUAAAGGUGAGAGAAACUGUUACCACGCCAACAUACCAGUGGGGUGAUGUAAGCCAUGCCAGCAUAGGGGUAGUGCACAGAGCAGAGGAUGGGGACCUUUGGGUUGCAUUCUGUUUCAGUGAAAGGCUAUGGGUAUGCAAAGAAUGGGAGGUCGGAAAGGUUCGACCGUUCAAGGUGGGAGACAAGGUAAGGAUAAGACCAGGUCUAGUAAUGCCUAGGUGGGGAUGGGGCAUGGAGACAUUUGCGAGUAAGGGUGAGGUGAUGGGGGUGGAUGCCAAUGGGAAGCUACGGAUCAAGUUUAAGUGGAGGGAUGGAAGGUUGUGGAUUGGGGAUCCAGCAGAUAUUGUUCUUGAUGAAAGUUCAAACACAACCAGCAACAUCGGUGACUGCCAUUCCUAGGGAAUUCAGUAGUUCUUUUACUCUUCUAUUUGUUCCUUGUUUAAUUGUCAAAAUUAAUUCGGCUGUUGUCUCGACCUUGAGCUGGUUUAGAAGGUUCCUGGCACAUCCAUCAGAUCGUGGCUGCAAAGACAUCGUUUUGGCAAUAAGAAAGCCGGUUUUAAUUCAUGAAGGUUUAGAGGUCAAGUGUGUCCGGCGGGUCUGUACUCAUAUAAUUAUCUGUAAGCUUUUAUGACCAUUUGUCUAGAUUACACUAAUGUACAGGUUGUUAGACAUGGGUGUUAAAUUGAAAUGGUCCCUUGUAUUUUAUGUGGUAGGAUACAAUUUUCUUUAGAUGCCAAAGUUUUCCAUUCAUUACGCGUAAAACAUGAUGUAUAUGGUAGCUUUAUAUUGAAGUCUUGUGAUAUAUAUUUUUGAUUAUAUUCGGAGACUUGGGAGUUGAAAA